AUGCCCUCAUCAGCAGUUGCGGGUGUAGGGACAAGCAAGACCGCGACGGAAUACCGUUGUGACGAGCUAGAAGAAUGGCUAAGGGCCAUAGAGGGGACUCGAACCGCCAGUACCGCCAGACCCUCAGAUUACUGCCUAAUGCCUAAUGUUGUCAUUCCUCGAAAGUUUAAGUUGCCAAACUUCGAGAAGUUUGAUGGGACCACAUGCCCUCAGACCCACCUUCGGAUGUAUUGUCAAUCAAUGGCCGCCUAUACCGAUAAUGAGAAGUUGAUGAUGCAUUGCUUCCAAAGCAGUCUUACCGGGACAGCGGCUAGAUGGUAUGUCCAGCAGAAUAAGGCCCAGAUCUGCACGUGGGGUGACUUGGCCGAUGCCUUCGAAGCGCAAUAUCAUCAUAUCUUGGAAAUGGCUCCAGACAGGAUGUCUCUUUCUGAAAUGGAAAAAAAGCCAACAGAAACUUUCAGGGAGUAUGCACACCAUUGGAGAGACGCGGCCACUCAAGUGGACCCUCCGGUCAGCGACCGUGAAGCAAUAUCGAUGUUUGUAGGGGCGUUAAAAGAUCCCUACCGUUCACAUCUGGUAGGGUCCACCCCUCAUAACUUCAUGGACAUUAUGGCGGCAGGGGCCAGAGUGGAAGCCGACGUCAAAGCUGGACGAAUAAAGACUGGCACUACCAAUAACGGCCAAAGUAAGAAGUGGGUCAAAGGUAAAAAGGAAGAAGAGACCCAAAUGAUACAAGGGUCCAUUAGGAGCCUAAGGCAGAGAAGCCGAAGUCAACAACCUAGGGGAAAUUUCUACAUGGAACCAGCAGUAAACCAAACACUACAUAUGGGCCCCAGGCCCCAGUUUGUGGCCCCCGCACUUGUGCCAGCCCAGCCGAACAUAACAACUCGCCCGAGCCAGCAUACACACACGAGGAAUACACCCAAGAGUUUUCAGAGAGUGGAACCGAUUCCCAUGUCAUACGCAGACUUAUUCCCCCAGCUUCUAGAACAAAGGAUGAUAUCUACCAUCCCCGGGAUUCCUCUCACCAAUCCUCCCCCGCAUUGGUAUAAUCCCGAGAUCCGAUGCGCGUACCAUGCCAAUUCUCUAGGGCACCCUAUUGACCAGUGUUGGGCUUUCAAACAUAAGGUGCAAGAUUUGAGGGAUGCGGGUUGGUUGUCAUUCGAUGGGAAGCCGGUGGGUAUUAAAGAAAAUCCUUUCCCUAACCAUGGAAAGGACAAUGUUGGAAUGAUCGAAGAACAAGAUGGGGAAAAAUCCGAAAGAAGAUGGGAGCAAAUGACGCUAGACUGGGUGUAUAGUGAACUAACAACGGCAGGCCUAGCAGGACUAAAGGCUAUUUGCCCUAAAGGCGCCCCAUGCGCAUGCCAAAAUACUAUGAAAAGAUCAGUACAACAAUGUGAGACUUUCCGGAUUUUUCUAAGUAGCUUGAUUGAUAGCAAACGAGUGGAAGUUAGCCGCAUUCAGAAAACGAAUGAAGUUUCAGUCAUAGGGGAAUCUGACCAUCCCCAAUUCACCAACAUACCAUUUAUCCCCAUCAUGGGAAAAACCCCACGAGUCCCAAAGGCCCCAGUUCAGGUAGUGAUCUCAGCCCCUCGCCCUUUCGCAUACCACAGUGACCGGGCAGUGCCAUGGAGGUACAAUUGUGAAGUACGCACCGAAGGAGAAACUAGCAGUGCUGCUAAAGCAAGAGGGAUAACCAGAAGUGGAAGGGUUUAUACGUCGGAGGUCUUGGAGAAGGUGCAACCUAGCCAAGAAUAG